AGGAUUAGAAGAUUUAGGGCAGACAAAUAUUGUUCAGCAUUAUAUCAACAUGGGUUCCACAUCUCCUAUCAAGCAGGCAGCCUAUCGAUUAGCUCCUAGUGAGCAGGAGUUUUUACAAGAAGAGAAAAUCAAUACAGUAACAAAGAAGGACGCCUAUCCUAUUCCAAGAAUAAAUGAUAUACUAGAGACAUUCGAGAAUGCCUCUUGGUUUUCCAGUUUAGACUUGGCCAGUGGGUACUGGCAAGUCUCCAUAGCUGAACAAAACAGGGAAAAGACGGCCUUUGUUACCAAGUUUGGGGUGUAUGAGUUUAAUGUUAUGCCUUUCAGUCUCUGUAACGCCCCGGCUACAUUUCAGCGACUAAUGAACCAUGUGCUAAAGGAGUAUAUUGGGCAAUUUGUUGCCGUCUACCUAGAUGACAUUACUGUCUACUCUAGAACUUUCUGGGAACACAUGAAACAUUUGAAAAGGAAAGAAAACCGGCCAGAAGAAGCUAGGGAGGCUUUUAAAGUUGAUGUUAUAAGUAUAGAAGAUAGUGAAGAUAAAUGGUAUUCAGAAAAUGAAGAUUAUAAAGAGAACUAUGAGGAUGAAGGGAAUUACGAAUUUGAGGUAGAAGAGAUGGAUUAUGAAAGCACUGAUAGUAUAGAGGAACAAUGGAAUACGUGGGAGAUGGAUGAGAGUGAAGUAGUAAACAUGAAUCGGCGUGAACAAGGGUAUGAACAAUUACUACAUGAUUUCGAAGUAGAAUCAGGUAGUAGGUUGUUAUGGGAAGGCCAUAGUGAUAUUGCCCAACAGUGGGCCAUCCAGGGUGAAGAAAGCUUCUCUGAUAUAACCCGGAUGGAAUGGGAGCACAAAAAAAAUGUUCCUUGGUCCCUUACACCCGAAGAAGUUAUAGAAGCCUCGGAAGAAGAAAAUAACCCCAAGUAUGAGGGUGAUGAAGAAUCAUCUGAUGAUGACGAUGAGUCCCAAAUAGAAGUUGUAAUAAACAGUGGAUCGACAAGUCUAACCACCCCAGAGGAAGAAACCUUGACCGAAGAGUGGAAGGAAGAAACCUUUGAGCCGCAAGCUAUUGAUAUCGGUGCAGAGGGAAUUGGUAUUGAAAAGGAUGAAAGACUCCAAAAAUUGGUCUUUGCAGGGAAAACCCAGCGCUUCGAAAAUGAGUUCUUCCUCUACGACCAUUCUACCCUUAAUGACCAUAUAGCAGCCCGGGAGCUCAAUUUAAGUGAGGCCGUAUAUUGG